GGUUAAAUUCAGACUCAGAUUUUUAAGAGAGAAAUUUACAAACUCUUGGAAUCAAGAAUGUUACAUCCAAUCUGCUUGAGUCCUUACAAAAUCUAUGCAGUAUUUCUAAAAUACUUCCUUAGGACAAGUACUUUUUUGUUUGCCUGUUAGGAAUAAGGCGUUUAAGAAGAAGUGGGGAGGGGAGAGAUCUAAAAAAAUCUUACUAAGUUGAUUACAUGUUGAAAUCUGUCAGACAUUAAUUUAGAUCUCAUUUCUUUUGUUUCUGGGAAACAAACUUUCUCAAAAUUUAUUACAUUUAGCCUUACUCUUGGGUCUUAGUUCAUACAUCUCCAAAUGCCUCUCGCAGCUUAUAUCACCAUUACUUUGGGAGAUGGUGACUUAAAGUCUGUCUUACAGUUAAAUCUUACAGUCUAUUUUUAUGUCUUACAGUCCAUUUUUCAAAGCAGAGAUAUACUGUUCAGGAACAUUUGCUAAAUGGUAGAAUUAUUAUCUGUUGAUGUUUUAUUAAAUUAGGUGUUCAGUCAACACCAUAUUGUUUUGGUCAUGUUUUUAUCUUUGCAUAUCUUUAAUUUGCUCAUUUAGAUUUCUUGUAUUUUCCUUUUUGGGCCAGCAAAUUUAAAACAGAUUAGAGAGAAUGGAGUUAUUCACUUUGUUCAAAAUCAAUAUUGAAAUACUUUAUCUGUAUUGCAACACAAGUAAAUUAGAACAGAAGAGCAUUGAAUGCUGGUUAGCAGGAACCUCAACAGGCCAUCUAGUGUAGCAUUGGAAAGGAUCGACUAUAUUUCACAGAAUUUCUGGCCUCAUAGUCUGUUCUUAAAAAGGAGGAGGUGAGAAAACACUUUGCAGAUUCAACAACCCUGACUAACUUUAUACUCUGAAACUUUCUCCUAGUGCAUUAUUUGAAAUAUACUUUGCUCUUAUUGAUCCCAUUCAUUUACUGACAGCACUGGAUGCACAGAACAUAUUAGUCUCUUUGCAGCUGUCUGUUAGGUGUUUGAAGCUAAUAUUGCUACCCUGAGAUUUCAUUUCUUUUGACCAAAUAGUUUUUUCAGUCUUCUAAAGUCUUGCUUUCUGGGACGCUCUUUGCUGCUGUUCUCUGGAUUUUCACUAGUAGUCCAAGUAAGUGAUCACUUAGAAUAAUUCUAGAAUGGAAUGAAAUUACCCUGAUCUUCCUAGUUAAUAAGCUUGCUGAUUCUGUAGUAUUUCAAUUUACCCUUCCAAAUCUUACAUAAUGUAGCUGUAUCCAUUUAUGGAAUUAGUCUUGCUGUAAUAGUUUCUAAAGAUUUUUCUGGUCUUUCAUUGUUAUAGGAAAUAAAUUGCAGUGUUCUAGGAAGUAAAGCUGAGCUUUGUUCCUUGUGUUCUUUGCAUGAACUAGAUUGAGUUUUCUACUGCAUAUGAGUCGCAACAGAGGAAUCAGGUCUAUUCAUCUUCUAAAUUCUCAUUCUGUGGAUAGUCUCUUUCUGGAUUUUGAAGUCUUAGACUUCAAGUACUACAGUAUAUGCUGUAGUAUAAACUACUGAAGCCAAGAAACAAAAAUCCAUUUUUCUAACUAGUUAGCUAUGUUUGGAAAGGAGGGAAAAAAUAGGAAAGAUACAUUGGCAUCUUUUGCUUCACAGUCUAGUUGUGUCAUUUCUAGCCUUCUUGUUGCCAGUUCUCUGCGCUUCCUUAUGACAGGAUUCUGUAUUUCUAAGCACAGACAUACUGUAUGUUUGUGUAAAUACAUGUCCUACAGCAUUCUUGCAAAUUAAACCUCCACAAGUCUACAUGUCUUAUCUGGUUUCAUUUAUAAGCUCCCUGAUAUAUUAGGAUAUUCAAAAUCCAAUGCCAUUUCUCUUGUACAUGGAAAAAGUCUUGGUUCAAAUAACAAAGCAAGUCCCAACACUUAUGAUGUCACACACUUUGAAAUAAGAAACAAACCAGGAAAAAAAAGAAAAACCUAUAAGCAAAGCAUAACUAAGUAUAGCAUCUUAUUUUUUUUCUAUGUAUGUGUAUAUUUUAUUGUUAGGAGGAACAGUGAUGUUGUUGUUACCUUAGAAACCAGAAUGCCAUGGACAAUUGCCAAGUCAUGUUAAGCUUGUUUUGAGUAUUUGAUCUUUUACUCAAGAUAUAGAUUGCAAAAUAAACUGCAGAAGAUGGUAACGUUCAAGGCUUAAAUCAGUCUGAAGUUUAUGUAAAGAUCAGGUCUUCAGACUAUUUUAGAAUAAAGCGUUUUGAGAAGUUUAAAUAGGAAGAUGCUUUUUUAAGGCAUAUAGUAUAUUGAUUUUAUUUUAAAGUGUUUUGUCUCCCAAAUUUUGCUUAGAAGCCAGAUGUAUGUGAGAAAAGUUAAGUUAGUUAUAAUACUAAGAUUGAUAACUAAUUUCUUAAUGGAAAUUUGCUAAGUGUAUGCUUUCUCUCAUCGCCAACAGAUAGAUAGUCAGUAAGGGCAGCAGCAGCAGCCAGCUAGGUUGAUGAAUGAGUGUAAUUCAGUUUCUUUGUAUUGUACAGCUUGAGAAAUGCCAGUGGCCUGACAGCAGCAGACCUUGCACAUACCCAGGGCUUCCAAGAAUGUGCCCAGUUUCUCUUGAACCUCCAGAACUGUCACCUGAAUCGUUACUAUAGCAAUGGCACCUUAAAUGGGGUUCAUCAGAAUGCAGGUCCCAAUCCAUUCAGUGGUGGGACAAGUCGAAAGAGAUCCUUUGAAGAUAUGGAGUCUGCUGGAGUAAAGAAAGCUAGAACGGAAGCUUACAGCUUUGAUGGCUUAAUACCAAUGAUGAAUGGAGGAGUUGAGGACGAUGCUGACAAUAUGCACGUUGACAGAGAGUUUGCUGUUGUAUCAGAUAUGAAUAGCAGUAGCUCCAUAUUGAAUGCACUGACAAAUGGAUGUGCCAUCAAUGGACAUUUGGAUUUCACCGCCGCGCAACAGCUCAGUGGGAUGGAUACCAGGCGUGAGGAGUGUUUAACAAUAACACCUAACGGAAUCAUUCCUGGAAUAACUUCUCCCGGUAGGCAUCGAAUUCAUACCAGUAAUGGCACCGAGGAGCCGGAAAAGGCCAUGAAUAAUCCCACUGAUAUGUGUGGGUCUCUUCAUCUGAAUGGAAGCCCGAGUAGCUGCGUUUCUAACCGGCCCUCGUGGGUGGAAGACCCUGGAGAUACUUUGCACUAUGGACACUACCAUGGUUUUGGGGAUACUGCUGAAAGCAUCCCCGAGCUUAGUAGUGUUGUUGAGCAUUCCAAUUCUGUUAAAGUUGAACAGAGGUAUGACAAUACUGUCUUAGGCACAAUGUAUUUGUACCAUGGUUCCUAGAUCAAUGACCUUUAUAUCAAAUGCAUAUUGAAAUUGCUACCAAAUGAAUCUGGGGGGACAAAAUCCUCACAUAGCAUUAAAUUUGAAGAUUGCAACUUAUUGCUAUUUUUACACUUUGUUUAUAUGAAAAGUAAACCUUUAAUUUGACAGCCUUAUACAAUAGUUGUAGUUUGUUGCAUGUAUGGGGCUUAUUUAGUGAUAAAAUAGGUGCUGUUAUGAUGGAAUGGUUAUUUUCAUUUUUUAUGGAAUGUUCUGGUUUUGUAUUUUUUUAUUUCUCAGCUUGUGAACACUAUCUUUCCCUUUUUAGAGCUGUUUCCCCUUUUAUUAAAACAACGUUUAAAUGAAUUUUGUGAAGAAAAUGUUACAUAUGUGCAUACUUAGAAGUAAAGAUUUUCCUUUUCCCUAUCUUCUGCUGAAGCUAUGGUAGCAAUAUCAAUGCCAGCUAUCACUAUGCAAGGUUGAAAAGUGGCAAUCUUACAGAGCUUCUCUGACUUUACGGUUUUGUACAUUUGUUCAGUAUAAUUAGAUGUUCAUCUUUACAUUUUUUAAGCAAGUUGUUUAAAAAUGCAGAGACAAAAUUUGGAAAAAGUUAAACAUUAACUUUUCCGUAGCAUAGGAGUGCUUUUUAUUGUUGUUGGGCUCUUUGCAUUAUAGAGUGGGAAGGUGGGUUGCCUUUGUUCAGUCGCAGUUGGGUGUGCCUCAGGUUAGUUCUGAAUUUGUGGCAUCUUCCUUUUGCUUCUCUUCUUUAUGUGUAUGCUUGAUAUUUUACCAUAGCUCACAGACUGGAGGCAUGUUGGCACUGUUCUGCUUUGUAUGCAGUUUAAAAUUACUGUUACUUGUUAGAGAAUUUGCCAGGUCAAAAUAUUUGAGUUUGACUGUCUUGGAUAUACAUUUAUUGUCCUUUUUUUAACAUGCUUUGAAAAUGUAAUGUUGUGUACUCUGGGCUAUGCUCAUGGAUAUACAUUGUAUUUAAAGCUUAAUACACAAAUCAAAAUUCAUAUAAGUGCACUAUAUGAGCACUAAUAAUAUAAGUUGCUGCUUUGUGAUAUGAUAAAUGAAGAGUGGGUGGGAAGAAUAUGGUAAACGAGAUAAGCCCUCUGAAUUGUGUUGAUUUUUUUGUUUGUUUUGUUUAAAAAGGGAUCUUUACAAAUUGGAUUUAAAAAAUAAACAUAUUACAUUGU